AUCCAACUCUCAUUCUUACUUUCUUACCCUCACCUUUUGUUCGAAUUCGAAGCGAGCCCCAUCUUUCAAGUUUCAUCUUCUCCCAACAAAAACGAGCUCAAUUUCUCUGUGUGUAGCUCUCUAAAGACUACAAUUUUUGAGCUUUUACUUCAUCUUAUCAAACACAGUUUAUCCAAAGCCUUUCUCUGUCUAAUAAUAAUGGCGAGCUUUAUACACAAGCUCGCCAAAAACAGAUCCUCCAUAAGAACCAUCACAACCCUCAACACCCAACUAUCUCCAAAACCCAAACUUUUUCUCAUUCCCCACCAAACCCAUAUCGCAAAAACUCAAAAACCAGAAGACUAUGCAAACAACCCAAUUCCUCUUUCGGGUCCCACAAGCGGAGCAGAGGUGGAGCCCACUCAACUGUUGCGAUUCUUCCCAAGUUUCCCAUUUGGGUAUUGCUUAAACCCUGUUUUCUCAACUGGGUUUGAGAGAUUUGCCGAGGGGGAGGCUGGUGAGGUCGAGUUUGAUGAUUCGAGGACGGUUUGGGCUGACAGUGUGAAGAAGAAGAGGAAGAAGAAGAUGAACAAGCAUAAGUACAAGAAGCUUAGGAAGCGCCUUCGUCGAAAGUCUAGGACAUGAUUGGUGAGAGUUCAUUGUUCAAUGCAUUGGUGGAUAAUUGUUAUCUCUUUUUUUUUGUUGAAGGUUUUUGAGAUAUAAUGCAAUACCUUUAGAGUUUGGAAUGGAAUUGUUAGCCAUUCUUUCUCUUUUGGGUUUUUCAUUUGGGAAUUAUUUUUAGAAAUGGGGGCUAACAUUUUUAUGUUACCAUCUGAAAGUUGCUUAGUUCUUUUCUUUCUUUGGUUAUUUAUUAGUUUUGGCAUAAUAUGCGUUCAAGUUAGCUCAAUUGACAAAGGCUCUUGUCACAAAUAAUCCUAUUGUACCUAUCAAAACAAUAGUUUUGGCAUAAUAAUUGUAGGACAAAAGUUAGGCAAAGUUCUUUAGGAACUGUAUCUUAGUUUCCCAGUAUUUAACUAUGUUGCUGCAUUGGCCAUGGCUAGCCACAUAGUUGAAUUUAAUUGUGCUUGGGGGAAGAUAACACCUUGAUGUUGCAUUGGUCAAUGUAUCCAUAUAGUUGGAUUUAAUUGGGGAACCUAAUGUACAACACCUUAGGAAUUGUACCUAAGUUUUGCCCUUAUUUGUAUGAAACUCCAUAUGCAUUCAUUAUUAUCAUUCUUGGUGAAAAUGCAGUGUACCUCAAAAUCCAUGAAGGUGAAUUUUACAUAUGGUUUUGAUCUUUUCUGUUUGUAGGAAUGUCAAUUUGUACAAUAUUAAUGUCUAGUUACAUGUA